AUGGAAGACGAUGAAAUUUUACAUUAUAGUACAACUCAUGAUGAAGUUCUUGAUCCAACUUUAUCAAUGAAUACCAUCGGUGGUGGUAGCAGUAGUAGUGGUGGAAAUGGUAUAAUGAUGAUGAAUGGAGAUGUAACAACACAAUCCAAUCAACCAAGUAACAAGACUAAUAAUCACCUCUAUAAAGUACUUGUUGUUGGUGAUUAUGCUGUUGGAAAAACAAGUUUGAUUCGGAGGUAUUGUACAGGAGAGUUUACAAGCAAUUAUCGUAUAACUAUUGGAGUUGAUUUUUGUUUAAAACAUAUAGAUUGGAAUGAAAAUACAUCAGUUUCUUUACAAUUAUGGGAUAUUGCUGGACAUGAAAGAUUUGGGGCCAUGACAAGAGUUUAUUAUAAAUAUGCUAUUGCAGCAGUUGUUUGUUUUGAUAUUUCAAGACCUUCAACUUUGGAUAAUGUUAAAAAGUGGAGAGAUGAUAUUAAUUCUAAAGUAGUUUUACCAGAUGGAGUUACACCAAUACCAAUGAUUUUGUUAGCUAAUAAGUGUGAUUUACCAGAAAUUACAAUCGAUAAAACAAAGAUGAAUAAGUUUGCAAAGGAAAAUGGAUUUAUUGCUUGGUUUGAAACAUCAGCAAGAAAGAAUGUGAAUAUUGACACUGCAUUCCACUUUUUGGUUUCUCAUAUCAUGAAAAUUACAAAAAAUAUGACACUUCAAACACAAGGUCAAAAUAAUUUAGGAGAUCAUAAAAAAACAGAACUGAACGUGGUUGGAGCAACACAAAACAGUAAUUUUGAUAAGAAUGAUAAAGAUAAGGAAAAUGAAACAACUUCAUCAAACAAGAAGGGAUGUUGUUACUGAGCUCUGUAAAUAAAACAAUU